UUCACCUUAUCUAUAGUGUGCAACCUCUUUUUCAGCCACGAUGGCCCCCAAAAGAAAUAACAUGGUGCCCAAUGGGCAUUUCCACAAGGAAUGGCAAAAAUACGUGCGGUGCUGGUUCAACCAGCCCAUGAGGAAGAAGAGGCGUCAUGAUAACCGACAAAAGAAGGCACGUGCAAUCAUGCCAAGACCAGUGGGUGGUCCACUCCGACCAGUUGUCAGGUGCCCCACCUUCAGGUACAACACCCGAGUCCGCACUGGACGUGGAUUCUCCCUCGAUGAGUUGAAGGCCGCUGGUAUCUCCAAGAAGUAUGCCCGCACCAUCGGUAUCGCAUUUGACUUCAGGAGGAGGAACAUGUCGGUGGAGUCGCUUCAACAGAACGUGCAGCGACUGAAAGAAUACAAGUCCAAACUCAUCCUCUUCCCCAAGAAGUUGAGCAAGCCGAAGAAGGGUGAUGCUUCUGCUGAAGAGCUGAAGAUGGCCACCCAGCUGUCAGGAGAAGUGAUGCCUGUUAACCAAGUGACCAAGAAGGAGCGUGCACGCAAGGUGACCGAUGAGGAGAAGAAAUUCUCCGCCUUCAACACAAUCCGCCAGGCGCGAGCACACAAGAAACUGAAUGGUCUCCGAUUAAAGAAAGCAAGAGAGGCUGAGGAAGAAAACAAAUAAGCUGUAAUAAUUGUACAAAAAAAUAUUUACAAAGGAA